AUGGCAUUUUCUAACCAGACACCAACAAUUGUUGUCUUGAAAGAAGGGACCGACACGUCUCAAGGAAAAGGGCAGAUCAUUACAAAUAUAAAUGCUUGUCUAGCAAUACAAGAUACAUUGCGUCCAACAUUGGGUCCCUUUGGAUCUGAUAUUCUUAUAGUAUCAUCGAAUGGGAAAACCACCAUAUCAAAUGACGGAGCUACAAUUUUGAAAUUGUUGGACAUUGUCCACCCAGCAGCACAAAUGUUGGUUGAUAUUUCUCGAUCACAAGAUGCUGAAGUUGGAGAUGGAACUACUUCAGUUACCAUUUUAGCCGGAGAGUUGUUAAAAGAAGCCAAGGGAUUCAUUGAAGAUGGCGUAAGCUCAUACUUGAUUACCAAGGCAUAUAGAAAGGCUUGUGAAUUGUGUGUUGAAAGGAUUAAAGAGAUUGCUGUUGAUGUGAAAAAGGAGAACGAGGAGGAGUUUAGACAAUCAUUGGAGAAAUGUGCCACAACUGCAAUGUCAUCGAAAUUGAUUAGUAGCAAUUCAGAAUUUUUCACCAAGAUGGUGGUUGAUGCUGUUUUAAGUCUCGAUCAAAAUGACUUGGAUGAAAAAUUAAUCGGUAUUAAAAAAGUGCCUGGUGGUGCUUUGGAAGAGAGUUUGUUCAUCGAUGGUGUUGCGUUCAAAAAGACUUUUUCGUACGCUGGAUUUGAACAACAGCCUAAACUGUUUGUAAACCCAAAGAUUGUUGCAUUGAAUGUGGAAUUGGAGUUGAAGGCGGAAAAGGAUAAUGCAGAAGUGAGAAUCGACCAAGUCAAGGACUAUCAAGCAAUUGUUGACGCAGAAUGGCAGAUCAUUUUGAACAAAUUGGAAGCAAUUGUUGCUUCUGGAGCUAAUAUUGUAUUGUCGAAAUUACCAAUUGGUGAUUUGGCUACCCAAUACUUCGCUGACAGAGAUAUAUUUUGUGCUGGUCGUGUGAGUAGUGAGGAUAUGGAUAGGGUGAUUCAAGCAGUGGGAGGACACAUUCAAAGUACUUGCUCCAAAAUCGAGCCUCUGGAUUUGGGAACUUGUGAGAAAUUUGAAGAAGUGCAAAUUGGUGGUGAACGAUACAAUAUCUUUAAAGGAUGUCCACAAGCCAAAACUUGUACAUUAAUAUUACGUGGUGGUGCUGAACAAGUUAUUGCCGAAGUGGAAAGAUCAUUACAUGAUGCCAUCAUGAUUGUUAAGCGUGCCAUUAGUCAUCAUCAAAUUGUUGCUGGCGGUGGUGCGAUUGAAAUGGAGUUGUCUAAAUACUUGCGUGACUAUUCACGAACCAUUGCUGGGAAACAGCAAUUGAUUAUUGGUGCAUUUGCUAAAGCAUUGGAAGUUAUUCCUCGUCAAUUGUGUGAAAAUGCAGGACUUGAUGCCAUUGAAUUGUUGAACAAGUUGAGAAGUGCUCAUGCCAAGGGUGAUAUUUGGUGUGGGAUUGAUUUCCAAUUGGAAAAUAUUGGUAACAAUAUGAAGAGUUUUAUAUGGGAACCUGCAUUGGUUAAAAUUAAUGCUAUUGAAUCAGCGACUGAAGCUGCUACUUUGUUACUAAGUAUUGAUGAAACUAUAACGAAUGAUCAACAAGGUGAGCAAGGUGGUGCUCCACAAGGUAGGGGAAGAGGCGCUUUUUAG